ACACAUGAAUGUGGAUGAAAAGAAAAUAGAUUUAUCAUUAGAAACUAGUUAGCUGAUUGCGAUGUAAUUCAGCGACUAGCUGUAGAUUAAGCACAAUUAUUUUUUUAUAUGCGCAACUGUGAUCCUGACGUAUUAGCAGAGUAAACCCAUACAGGAAAAAAUGAUUCAUCAAGCAAACUAAUCCUAGAAUCGUUUUUAUAAACUUACACAUUAAUUAACGGAUAUUAUUACAAAUAAUGUUACGAUCAAGAAAGUCUGCGCCUGUCCAGUCUACCAACACCAAAGAAGAACUAGCAACUGGUGGUUUGUCAUCUGUAGACAUUGGCUGGGUGGGACCCAUAACUUUACGCAGACGUGCCAAACCGGAAUUGGAAAAUGAACAACACAAAGAUGUAUCACUUCGAAUAUCCAUACAAGAAGUUAAAAAUCUUUCAGCUAAAGGACGAUACUUUUGUGAAAUAUGUUUGGAUCGUACAUUAUAUGCGCGUACCACUAGUAAACUGUCAGAUGGAACUGUAUUCUGGGGGGAACAAUUUGAUUUAAAUAAUUUGCCUAUAAUAUCCAUUAUGACAAUAAAUUUAUUCAGGCAAGCAACUUCUGUAAAAGACAAACGACAAAGGAAUAAAAAUCAGAAUCAAUUUAUCGGUUAUGUUACUAUUCCACUAAACGAUGAUUCACAACAAUGUGAGAUACAAAAAUGGUUUACGAUGCAACCUCCACAAAUUAAUUCAAAUUUAAAUUAUCUAGAAAAUUUACAAGUUCGUCAUCAACAACAAACAGAUACAAAUCAAACACCAUCGACCAAUUCUUCAAAUGGUGUAUCAGGACGAUUUCGUAAACAUUCGAUUCCAGCUUCAUGUUUUGGAUAUUCUAAUUCAUUUUCAAUUAUACCCAAUUCACAGUAUACUACUAACAGUAAUCAUAAAUUAAAUGAUGAUAAUGAACUAAAGUAUAACCAUAUGGAACUAUCAAAGAAGAAAUGUUCAUGGACUGCUGGUGUCAGUACAGAUAGUAAUUUUAAUAAAACUAAUAAAAUUAUUCCUAAAUCAUCAUCGUCUACAUCAAGUGCUACUUCACCAAAUCUUUCACCUAAUAGUAAUUCAGUUACAAAUAAUUUUAUUUUACCUGAAAAUUCUUUACCUCAACUAAGAAUGAUGAUUCAUUAUCAAACAGUUGAUAUUCUACCGAUUGCUUGCUAUAAUGAAUUAAAAGAGUUCAUCAAAACAAAAUAUUUAGAUUUAAUCAGAAACUUGGAACUUAAAUUAUCAGCUAAACAAAAAGAAGAAUUGACCAGUUGUUUUGUAAAUAUUUUUGAAAAAUUACCAGAUUUAUCUGUAGCGGAAUUUUUAUCAGUACUACUUCGUGAAGAUUUAAGUAGUAAUGGAAAAGAAUCUAUGAUAUUUCGAGCUAACUCAGCAGGAUCAAAAGCAAUGGAAUGUUAUAUUAAAUUAGUGGGAACUGAUUAUUUACGAUACAUUCUUGGUCCAGUAAUCGACCAAUUACUUGUUAUUGGAGAUGAUUUCGAAAUAGAUCCUUCUAGAUUAGGAGCUUCUAAUGAUUCAUCUACUGCAUCAAACAACCGAAAUACAUUAUCUGCUAUACUAGAAAGAAAUCGUACUGCUUUACUAAAAAAUGUUGCAAUGAUCUGGCGAAGAAUUGAAUCAAGUCAAUGUAAACUACCGAAAGAAUUACGUGAUGUUUUCACUGCACUAGCAUUAACAAUUGAAGAAACACAUGGAGUUCAAUCAGCGGCACAUUUAAUUUCAAGUUGUUUAUUUCUACGUUUUAUUUGUCCAGCUAUACAUGGUCCAGUAUUAUUUGGUUUAACAUCAUCUAUACCAGAAAAUAAUCGUAUUUCUAGAAAUUUAACAUUAAUUGCAAAAGUUUUACAAAAUUUAGCUAAUUUAACAUUAUUUGAAGAUAAAGAAAUUCAUAUGAAAGUAUUAAAUUCAUUUAUUGAACCAGAAAUACCAAUCAUGUAUAAAUUUCUUCGAUCAAUUGCUUCAAAUACCGAUUCUAAUUAUCAUUUAUCAACUAAUUCUGAUUGUCAUGAAUUUAUUGAAUUAGGAUAUGAAUUUGCAAAACUGACUCAAUUACUUAAUCUUUAUAUUAAUAAAAUUAAUAUUACACCGCAAAUUGCUGAAUUACCAGACCUACUACAGAAUAUUUCAGAGUUAUUAAAUAAUCAAACCUUUACAUCAUGGAAUCAUAAAAGUCAGACCAGUUUUGAAAGAAACACAAAUAGUAAUUCACAUUCUUCUAGAAGUGGAAUACCAAGACAUCAUAGUCUCUCAAACAAUAAUCCUAUUUCGAGUGUUGAUAACAGAAGGCAAUCAGAAGCGACUACCAUCAUAAAACCAUCACUGACUAAGUUACACGUAGACAGUAAGCUAUCACCGGAAGCACCUAUAAAUGUAAAACCAAUACAUAAUCAACAAGAGCCUAAUAAUAAUGCUACUUCAAAUAGUUCAGCUAAUAGUAAUGAAUUUAUUUCAAAUACAAAACAAGAAAAAUCAUGGGAUACAUUUAUUAUACAAAAAGAAUAUUUACCAUGUAAAUUUAAUUCUGCCGAUAUGAUAUUUAAACAAAUACACAUAAAUGACAUUGAACAGUCAGAAAACAUGGAGGAGUUAUUAAGUCAAUAUCGUGAACAAUUACGUCAGUUAAAUGAUUGUAUUGAAAAAGUUGAACCGAAUUGUUGUCAUCACCCAAAUUUAUCUCAUGCUUUAAGUCAUUCUACACAAUCUGUACAUAGAAUUAGAAACCCUUCAAAUAGAAUUCCUAAUAAUAAUGCCAAUAUCAAUGGAAAUAAUAACCAUAUAAACAACGGAAGAUCUGAUAGAAAUUUAUCAAGACAAAGUACUGAUGAGAAUAGUUAUCGUCAAGUAAAACGAAAAAUAAUAAACUCAAAAUCCGAUAAUUCAACACCUAUACCGUUAGAUCGUGUGUUGAAAAAAGCGCAGUGUCCAUAUCAAAAUUCAGACAAAACGAAUAAUAAUUCAAUAAGUAAAGAUGAUGAUGAUGAUGAUGAUGACGAUGGAGAUGAAGAUGAUGAUAAUUAUACCAGUGAGUGUGCUAUUGGUAGAACAUUAGUUCCUACUCAUUCUGCAUCUAUAACUAUUGAUCGUUCAAGUACAAGCGAUAGUGAUUAUGACUAUGACGAUUGUGAUGAUAGAAUCACAGAAUGUACUACUGAAGAUACAAGUGAAUACACAAAGAAAACAACCACAAAAAAUAACAAACCAAGCAGAAUUUCCGCAAGACAAAAUCAUUUGUCUGAAUCUCCAAGUCUGGAUCAAUUAGCUGAAAAAUUACAAGAAUUGAAAAAGAUGCUUCAACUAGAACGUCAAGAAAUUGAAGAAGUAGUAGCAUCUAAAACAGAAGUGAUAAAACAACAAGAAAAAUCUAUUGAACAAUUAGAAUCGGAACUUGAUCAAUUACGUAAAGAGCAUAGACCAUCAAAAAUGAAACCAUCGAAUGGUAGACACACAAGUAAAUCAACUUCACGUACAGUCAGUCCAACUUCAUCACUUUCAUCUGAAUGUUAUUCAUCUAAUUUAUCUGAUACAACUCAAAAUUGUCACAGUUAUAAUAAUCCUUUUUAUCAUAACGAUAUACAUAACAAUAAAAAUCAUAAUAAUACUAACAAUAAUAAUCACUUUUUCGAUCCAUCAAUUACAAACUAUCACAGUAAUAAUCAAGGUUUAAAUAAUCUUAGUAGAGGUGAACCAGUCAAUCCAGAGAAUUAUCGUACUGAAAAUUUUCAAGAAAAAUUAUUAUGGAGAGGACAAAUGAGUCGAUGUGAACCACAAGUUAGAUGUGAUUCUAACCUACUUUAUUUGUCAAGGGCUAGUGAAGGAACAGGAAUUCCAUUAGGACAUUUAAUUGGAGCAAAUCGUUCAUUACAUAUUGGACGUCGUGAAUCAGAAACUAAACUUUUGCCACAUUAACACUAUACUCAUAAGUUAAUAUCUAUUCUUAUAAUAGGAUAUUUUCAUAAACUCAUUUGACAAUAUUAAUUAUCUUUUAAUAGUUCAACAAGAACUACUCAUACAUAAACUAUUGAUGACAUAUUUUCAUCCUUGAAAUACAUAACACUUAAGCCGAAAUCACUGGUACAUUGAAUACAAGAAGUGAACCAAUAAUAUAUGAACAUAUUCAUUAGAUGCUAGACUAGGUAUAAGCUGUGACACUGUGAAUACAUUACUAUAUAUAUAUAAUACUUGUGUAAACACCCCAGGAUCCCAGUGACUUAUUUAAACGAAAAACAAUCAAGUUUAUAUAUAUAUCUAUACAAGAAAACUAAAUAGUUUGCAUUUUUGUCAACUGCUUUUCUUUCUUUUGUUUUUAGUCUUUCUAAUUGUAGCAGACUGGAAAAAUGUAAAAUUCAUACAGAGAUAAAGGAAGAAAAAAAAUAACAAAAUCAAAAUAUUGAUAAAGAGUUAUGUGUUUCUGUUUUGUUCCAAAUUUCAUUUUAUCACUUUUCUUACUCCUUUUGUAUCCAUUUUUAAUUCUUGUCUUAUUAUUAAUAAUAUUAUAUUACUUCCCUUUCUUAAAAAGAAACACGUUUAUUAUACUUCUUAAUGGCAUUCAACAACAUUAGUUUUUUUCCCAUAAUAAAUAUGUUCAGUAGAACCAGACGAAACUGGAUGUACAUACAGUUAUAGUUAGAUAUAUCAAUAUUGACAUAACUAUAUACAUACAUAUACAUAUAUACAUUAAUAUAAUCUAUAUUUCAGGUUAUUAAUACAAAUGUCUCAUUUUAAUAAUGCAUAAGAAAAACUGAAAGAUUUUUGAGAAUUAUAUAUUACCUUAAUG